AUGUCACAAGGGAAAAAACGGUCAUACAAAGAAGCUUUUCUACAAUGGGGUUUUACUAAGUUUGUUGAUAAAAGUGUCGAGAAGCCUCAAUGUGUUCUGUGCAACAAAGCUCUCACAACUGAAAGUAUGAAACCAAGCAAAUUAAAAGAACAUUUUGAGAGAAGUCAUUCUCAGUUUGCAGAAAAAGAUAUUGCAUUUUUCAAACGUAAAGAAGAUGCGUUAAAAAAUGCACGUAUGGAUUCAUCCGGUUACUUUUUUCAGUCAACUGAAGCUGGUCUUGAAGCUUCAUAUUGCAUCGCUCUACGAAUCGCAAAAAACAAGAAACCUCAUACAAUUGGAGAAAAUCUUAUCAAACCGUGUAUACUAGAUGCAGUAAAACUUGUUCUUGGAGAGCAACAUUUUGAAAAGAUAAAUAAGAUAUCACUUUCUAACAACACUAUCAAAAAUCGUAUCGAGGAUAUGAGCAAAAAUAUUUUGGACACAGUGCUCAAUGAAAUAAAGUCAAGUCCUUUCUUCGCCUUACAGUUAGAUGAGUCGACCGACGUUGCAUCUUGUUCCCAGCUACUUGUCUAUGUUCGAUACAUAAAGGGUGACGACAUAAAAGAAGAAUACUUAUUCUCAGAAUCACUGAGUACUACUUCACAAGUGAAGAUGUUUUUUGGACAGUGA